GUGAUAUUUCAUUUUGUUAUUUUGCACAUGUUUUCUUUUUGUCCUUUGCCGGUUUCCUCCCUUUUUCACGCCUCCUCAGCAAGUUUCCUUCCAGUUGCUUUUAAAGACUUGUAGGAUUACCUCGAUUUCUUGUUUUGUAUUGCAAGAUAUCCAUAUUGUUUGCAUAAAGUGGUUGUUUGGUCCUUGUUUGGCUGACGGUUCAAAAGUGUGUCACGGGCAUUGGGACUCUUGAACAUAAAUCCAAGUGGGAGGCGCGGAUUUUCCAACAGAUACGAACAAAGAGAUUUUUCUCCUGGUGAAACCAUCACACUACUCUUGGCGUGCAACUUAUUCGGUUGGUCUUUUUCCCAAAACCACCAUUGCCGAGAUCCUCAUGUCCACAUUUGCCAUGGACGCGCGAGAUAACUUGCAAGUGGAGCGCGACGGCGAACCGCAACCGCCACGGCAACCUCCUUCAAACAACGAUACGGAUGACAAACAGGAUGCUACACAUCCUUUGGUGGGAGAAUCUGAGCCAGUCGGUGCUACUGAAGAUGCACUAGAUACAACAACGUCAAUGAUGGAAGUUAACACAAUGGGGAAUGGACACGAUGAUAGCCCCAAGGAUCGGAGACAAUCUAUCGAUGCAUCAACGGAUGAUAACUAUGAAAAUCAGAUGGAUCUUGACAGAAAGGAGGACAGCGACGACGAUGGUGGCGCACAUCCAGAUUCUCGUACAAGUCCUGGACUUGAAACACCAUUAAAGCGAUCGCCGUCAGAUGAAUCCCUAGAUCCUGAUAAAGCAUCAGAGGACAAUCUGGAUGCUAUAGACGAUGCAAGACUUUUGCAAUCAGUCCAACCUAUCGGCCGGCCUAUCAAUGUCACUCGCGAGAAUUUUGUCGCACUCUACGCAAGCUUUUUGAAAACGUAUCAUUUCAAAAAUCCUGCAGCGAGGCAUUGUCGUCUGAUGGAGCAUUUUGCAAAAUUUGACUCGCCCCCAAAAAAUCAAAAGCGAACAUUUGAGACAUAUGAUUUUUAUGAAGUUGUGAGGGACCUUGGCGGUGUUAGUCAGAUCAAAUCCUGGUCAGAUGUCGCACGUCGACUUGGAUUCGACCCACGCGGAACCAACAUUGCGGCAAGAGUCAAGGACUGGAUGGUCUAUCAUCAUAUUGGCGCUUUUUUUGACUACCUCUUGGGUUUUCCAAAUGAAUUUUACCGCCACCCUGACGAUCCGAGCGCACCUCAGUUGGAGUCUGUUUCAACGCCUGGCAGCGUUAAACGGGCUGGGUCCGAGGAUCAGCAAUUGGAAUCUGAUGAUAUCCCGCCUAGGAAGCGCGGAAAGAGAACUUCUGGGGGCGAAGGACGGACUCCCUCGUCUGUUACAAAUGGUGAUUCAAGUAGCUUGACUUGGCGGUUCGUAGAUGGGACCCGAGGGACCCCUAGUGGGUACGCCAGUCCCUCGGAUAUGGACGAUGGACAGGGAACGCCUGUGCCUAGCCACCAUCCUAAUCGAGGACAAGAAAGCCCUAAAUCCUCCCGCGUCCGCUCUGGUUCUGCUUCUAGUGCUCGCUCCGCGUCAGGUUCACAUGGCACGCAUAGUGACACUGAAACCGAAAGGGAGGCCGACGGUGGCAAUCGUUCUCAAGAUAAUCGAUCAGUUCCGCCUCCGUCUUCGGGCCCUUCUGGUGCACAGACGCCUUCAGAUGUGCCUGACUACAAACGCGAUAGCGCUUUACCGAGUCAUGAGCCGUCGUCCUACGGCCAGCGCCCAAUGUCUGUUACUCCUAAUGGUACUCCGGGAGCGAAUGAUCACAUGGCGAGAAGAGAGUACUCUUACGGAGAUCAAGAACGGUACCAUUCACACCACAGACCGCAAGCAGUGCCUUCUCAUCCCCUUCAGCCCAUGGAACGAACGCUGGAGCCGCCUUAUACUAUGACACCCUCAUCAUCGGCGCCAUUUGGUCACCCAAGUGGCCCGCGGCCUCUCUACGGACAAGGAUCUUACCCACCAUUACCGGGACAUCCUUUGAUGGCUAGAGAUGGGAACGAGUAUGGAUAUGGUUCUCCUCACGUUGGCGGCUCUGGUGACAGGUAUCCUCCGCCUUCACGAACAACAGGAACUCCGCAACCAGCCCGCGCGUCAGCAUCCCCAGCACCACACACUAGCGAUCACAAUGUCAAUCUUCCUCAUUCAGUCCACCCGGCAGAAGCCGGUCCUUCCGCACCUGGGCCAUCCGACGUGGAAGCCGCAUCAAAUCAUCCCGAUGCCACACCCUCGACAGCUCACCUUCCAAACGUUUCAAAUCUCCUCGCCAGCCAACCCAAUAUCCAAACCAUGCAACAUCAACUCACCAAGGUCCAGCACCGAAACACGUACCUGGAAGACCGCAAUGCCGUAUUGGAAUCCCGAUGCAGAGAGCUUGGGGAACUUUUGAGAGCUUCAAAUGAGAUGGUUAGAGUCAUGAGAGAAGAGAUUGGAGAGGGACGGGGCUUGUUGGAAAAAGUGGGACGAGUAAAGGAAAUGAUGAGAGGGCUGGUACAAGAGUUGCCGGGAUUGGGACCUUCUGGAGGACGAUGACGGGAGCGGGGCAAUUGGAUAUUGAAGUGUGUCGUUGGUGGCGACUUGUAUGUAGUGCGGUGAUGGAUAAUAACAUUCUGAAUUGGAUUCUGCGUAUCAUUGAACUCGAGACUUUAACAUACAGCCUCAGCUUAACAAAGGUGUCAUCGUUGGAAUAAGAUGAUGCAGGUUAUAAACAUGUGUGACAUUUUGACGAAAAAAAACUAUGUACAAUGCG